AUGGCCUCACAGGAUGGAUGCACCAGCGAUCAAGCGGCCGGGCGGAUCUCUGUGUACAAGGAACGAGAUUGUCUAAAUAUGGACACAAAGGACAACAUUUUAGGAUGGCGGUCAAUCGUUCGCAACUUUACUCCUUCAUGGUUCUCGGUCAACAUGGGCACUGGCAUUACGAGUAUUCUGCUGCAUAAUUUACCCUACAAUGGCCGCUGGCUGCAGUACAUUUCGUAUAUCCUCUUCGCGCUCAAUGUGCUCCUCUUUGUUGUUUUUCUGGCCAUCUCCAUCUUACGGUAUUGCCUCUAUCCUAAGAUCUGGGUCUCGAUGAUUCGCCAUCCUGCUCAAUCUCUGUUCAUAGGGACCUUUCCCAUGGGACUCGCGACCAUUAUCAACAUGAUUGUCUUCGUCUGCGUGCCUUCCUGGCAAGGCAGUUGGUGGAAGGUUGCCUGGGCGCUCUGGUGGAUAGACGCUGCUAUUUCUGUAUCCAGCUGCUUCUAUCUGCCUUUCGUGUUGAUGACAGUCCACGGCCACUCGGUCGAAACCAUAACGGCAGCCUGGCUGUUGCCGGUCGUUUCGACUAUUGUUGCAGCGGCGACCGGAUCCCUGGUUGCAGGCGUCCUGCCUCAUGCUGAAUACGCGCUUAUCACAAUUCUUACAUCGUACGUUCUUUGGGGCACAGGCGUACCCCUCGCGAUGGUUAUCCUGGUAAUAUACUUCUUGCGUCUUACGACACACAAUUUGCCGCCUAAAGCAGUCGUAGUCUCGACUUUCCUACCGCUUGGACCGCUUGGCCAGGGAGGCUUUGGCAUCAUGCAGCUGGGCAAAGUUGCCCUAGAAAUAUUCCCGCAGACGCACACCGUCCCCGCCGCCCCACACGCAGGCGAAAUACUGUAUGUCGCUGGCUUCUUCAUUGCCAUCAUCAUGUGGGGCUUUGGGCUGGUGUGGCUAUGUUUCGCCGUUGCGACCAUCGUUCGUUCUCAACGAUUUCCUUUCAACAUGGGCUGGUGGGGGUUCACCUUUCCCCUGGGCGUGUAUACCGUAUGCACUACUACGCUCGCGAAAGAGAUACCGUCGGCCUUUUUCCGCGUUUUGGGAACCAUUUUCUCGGUUGCGGUGACGAUUCUCUGGAUCAUCGUCUCGCUCGGCACCUUGCAGCAUUUGUGGAAGGGAUCUGUGUUGGCCGCACCGUGCUUGAAGGACGUCGAGGAGAGGGAAGCGAAGGCUCGAGGGACAACUGCUUCCGAGCAUGAGAUGGAUGAAUGA